AUGUAUCCCUUACGGAAGAAGAUCGUCGGAUGUGUGCCAUCCGAUGUACACCGUACGGGGUCACCGAACUCAUCAGAUUCCGAUGCGAACCAAGCAGGUCGAAAGCGUCGUAUCAGUCAAGUUACAUCCUCGUCUUCCCGACAAGAGGAUGGAAACGAACGAAGCGCCCACAUGAUGCGCAAUUUUGUACCCAACCGUGUUUACUCGGGCUGCAGACUGGCCAUGCUUUAA